AUGGCUCCCAAAACGGCACUGCUUGUUAUCGACAUGCAGGCCUUCUUCUCUCCGAUGACCACCACUGCUCUCCCAAAUAUCAUCAAACUAUGCGAGCAGUUUUCAAAGACCUCGGCGCCCAUUGUGUUCACGAAGCAUGGCCAUCCCAAGGCCGAGAUGGUGGCGAAUUCGACGAGCCAGUUGGUGCGCAAAUGGGGGGUGUCUGGAUCAAUCGGCGAGGGGGCUCCAGAAGGAGAGAUGCUGCCCGAGCUGCAUAAGUUUCUGCCCAAGAACUUUAGAACCAAGCACGUCACCCUUGGAGAGUCCCUACCGGAGCCCACGUCGCCCGAGUUCCCAAAGCUCGUGCCAAAGAACACCUAUGAUGGUUUCAUCCACACCCCCUUGUCCACCAUACUGGAGCAUGCGAAGAUCGAGCGUGUAGUUGUCGUCGGGGUCAUGACUGACUGUUGUUGUGACACCACCGCCAGAGCCGCCUUCAAUCGAGGGUAUGAGACAUGGCUUCUUAGUGAUGCUUGUGGGAGUGCGAAUGGUAGACAGCACAAAGCAGGGCUGCAAGGGUUCGAGUUCGCGUUUGGCGAGGUGAUGACCACGCACGAGGCGAUGGAAGGGCUAGCGGCAAUGACUUGA